CUGCACACACACACACACACAUGCACACAGAGAGAGAAGGAGGGCUGGAGCCGGAGGCGCCGCAUCCACUAACGGCGCAUCCUCCCUGCUAUGGACACCGGAGGGUAUCACUGAACAGCCAGGAAACAUGCCUACCGUCCUCGGUGGCAAAGGGAAACUUUCCAUUGUCUGUUUUUUGCUCCGAUGCGCAUAUUCUCAGGUAACAAGAAGCCAACACAACGGCUGUGCCAAAGAUAUUUUUGAGGACAUGACUCAGUCCUGGCCAUCCCAGCAGGCGUUAGUGGGUGACCAGCAAAUCUUCUACAACUCCAAGGAUGCAAAACAAUCAUCUGGACAGCAAAGGCAAAAUCGAGGGGAUGCUCCACUCCGAAUGCCCCGUCACCCUUAUGUGGCACCUCACAAAUCGAUGCUGGCUGAUGAUCUGAAGCUGAGCAGUGAUGACGAUGACACUCAAAGGGCCAUUAAUGAGUCAACAUCGUGGGCGAGACACAGCCUGUCAGCAAAGCGAGCACACACACAUGGCAGGCGGGUGAGACAUUCCAGCUCUGACUCCUCAGACUCUGACUCCAGUGCCGAAUCGGGCAGCAGCAGCGUUCCUUCUCGGAGCCCCAGUCCAGAAGUGCACCCAGGUCCCCUGUCGCCUGCCAACCCGCUGCCACCGUGCAACGACAAAGAGACAGAUCACCCCUCUCCUACCCAAUGGCAGCUAGAUAAAUGGCUGAAGAGGUCAAAGAAAAACUCUGGCAGCACUGAACGGAAUCACUCCUGGAAGGUUCCAGAACGCCAGCGAUCUCCCCAAAUCCAGAGAGCCCCAUCGCCGGCUAGAUCAUGGGACAGCCAUCAGGAGUACAGCCCUAGUCAGAGUCCAAUACCCAGCCCAAAGUUCAAUCACAGCCCCAACAACAGCCCCAUUCCCAGUCCUGGUUACAGCUACUGCCCAAGCCCCAGCCCAUUCACUAGCACCUGUCCAAGCCCCACCCCCAGUCCAAGACACAUUUCAGUCCCAAGCCCAGCUCGAAGCUUGUGUCCCAGUCCAUGUGGAAGCCCAAGAGCCAGCCGUAGCCCGAGCCCUUUACCAAAUCAUCCUCCAAGAAGCCCAAGUCCCACUUUACGUACACCGACCAGAAUUAGUCACUACCUUGAUGGUCAGAAUCAGAUCCAAGGACAUUCCAGUCUGACAUCUGACCCCCACAGGACAAGAAUUAGACCAUGGUUUGCUCCAGUACCCGCCAUCAACACAAAGACAACAACCACAAGUGAUCAUCAUCAACCAUCGCAUCAACAUAGACCCAAGACUCACCCAUCACAGAACCAAGUCAAAAACCAAAGCAGGCUCACUGCUCCUGUAGUUUUAACCUCCAAUCAGACCCACAACCACAAUCCCACACCUAGACCAACUUCAUAUUCCAACGCAAAACAGCCAUCUGAUGCUCACAAAGCUAAAAACACAUCACAUGUUGAUCAAAUCCAAAUUAACCCUUCCAACCACAAGUCACGGCCUCCGUUUCAGCAGCCAAAUCCAACCAGACCAAAGCAUCCAGUUUCUUCUGGUCGAGAAGCCAGAGCUGCUCACAGUUCUCUUUCACAACCUACCUAUAAAGCUACAAAUACCUCUGGUGUUGCAUCAAGCUCUAGGUCCAGUCCUAGCCAAGUGCAUCGGUCAAAAUCGUGGGAGUCCACGGUAUCAAACUCUGUUCAUGUAAAUAACUCAAAAACUGCAGUUCGGAAGCUUCCAGCCAAGGCACAGGAAGUAAACCAGAGAAGAUCGAGUUUGAACCAAUCAGAGGGUAGAAAACAGGAGAGAAAGGAGGACAGACAUAAUUGUGAGAAACAACGGGGGAAACCAGAGAGAAAAGAAGACAGGAGGCUGGCGGAGGAGCAGCUACUGAGACGACCCUGGAUCCAAAGCUCAGCGGAAGAGGAAGAGGAAGAGGACGUGAUAGAGCAACAGGGUGGGAGAGACGAGGCAGCAAAAGAGGAGAGCAGGAGAAAGGAGGAGCAGCUAAAUAAAUGGCUAACAGCUCUGGCCAAAGACAGAGGGCCUGCCAACUUUGAGAGACACCGCCUUAGAGAGGGCUCAGACCAUCAGGAGAGGACAACCAAGAGAGGGAGAUGUGAGGAAGACAGAGGCCCAUCGCCCCAUCUGUCUUCACACUCUCCUCCAAACCCUCACAGACUGUCCUCAUCACCACCCUCAUCCUCCACCUCUUCUUCUAAUUCAGACUCAGAAUCUGAAUUUCUUAUUUCAACCGCCAAAGUUUCAGCAGAUUCCAUCUCUCACAAGACAUUCAGCAAGAAAGGGCAACAAGUCCCCAGCAGACCCAACGCCCCGAGGCCCCAGGCGGUUCACUCCAGAGGACCAAACUCGGGCCCUCCUUGUGAGGGGCAGCAAAGUGAGAGGAAGCAGAAACUCUACACCUUGGUUCCAUUUGGACGAAGCGAGAAGGCAGCUCCCACCUCCCAGCGGGGGCUGAGAAACCUGGUGGUGCACAUUGACCUCUGUCUUCUAAAAAGGGUCCCUGAUAGCUCAACAAAUUCCCCUGUAAAGAAAAACACUUCUUCCUCAUCUUCUUCAUCAACCAAGGACAGGCAAAGAGAAGUUAUGAAACACACGCACGUUCCAGAUGCUUCGACAAAAGAUGGCAAAAGGAAACGCAAGGUGGAGAACGGAGUGUCAGACCGGGAAUGCAAGAGGAGUCAGCUUUAUCCAGAUGACCCCCCUGGACCAACAGAAUCAUCAGUCACAGCUGAGACUUUAGUGACUGAGACGAUGCACAAUGGGUACCUGGAGGAGUACUUGGACAAGAGGCCAAUGUCUCCCUUGUCUCCAUUGUCUCCAUUGUCUCCGCUGCCCCAGAGCCCUGAACCCACCAAACCUACCUCCAAAACAAAGACAACUGAGCAGCAGAACUCUCGCACCCAGAAAAGCAAGGAGAAGAGCAGAGACCAGCCCGUCAAGCCCAAGAUGGAGGUGGAGUGUGUAAAAGUAUCAAAACAACCCCAACCUUCGUCCGAGUCCUCCUGGAGACCUGCUGACCACAGAGGAGCUGUUCCGCAUGAAACUUCUCACCAUGCUGAGUACUACUUACAUGAAGCUAAAAGGAUGAAGCACCGUGCCGAUGCAAUGGUGGAUAAGUUGGGAAAAGCUGUUAACUAUGUUGAUGCUGCUCUGUCCUUCAUGGAAUGUGGGAAGGCGAUGGAGGAAGGGCCGCUGGAGGCCAAGUCUCCUUACACCAUGUAUUCAGAGACGGUGGAGCUGAUCAGGUACGCCAUGAAGCUGAAGAGCCACUCGGGCCCUGGAGCAAGGCAGGAAGACAAACAGCUGGCGGUUCUGUGUUUCCGAUGCCUUGCUCUCCUUUACUGGCAGAUGUUCCGUUUGAAAAAGGAUCAUGCGCUGAAAUACUCCAAAGUGCUGCUUGACUAUUUCAAGAGUUCUCCCAAAGUGCCUACAACACCACCUGGUUGGAAUGAUUGUGGGAAGAGCAUGGGAGAACACCCGUCUUCACUCUCACCCAACGCCAGACACCGCAGAAGGGACCCACCUGGUGGCAGCAGCUCAUCUCUCAUAAGCAUUCCCCAACGCAUCCACCAGAUGGCAGCAAACCACCUGAACAUCACCAACAGUGUCCUGUACAGUUAUGAGUACUGGGAGGUAGCAGACAACCUUGCAAAGGAAAAUAAAGAGUUCUUCAACUACUUGAAUACCUUGUCUGGACCUUUGACUAUUCACAGCAGCGUUGCUCAUGCUGUCCAGUACACCAGACAAGCUCUUCAGUGGAUACGCAUCAGUGCCAAACUUAAUUAAACGCCAGCUAAAACGAUUUACUUUAACUCAUCCACUGGUUCUUCUGGACUCGUCUGCUGCAGACGAAUCAAGGCCUUCUGAAAGAGGAGCGUUAUUUUCUUCCUCGCCGUUGGAUUAUUCCAAGGAGUUGUGUGGAUGGUGGAGGUCUCCAAUUAUUUGCCAAACCACGGACUUCAAAGAACUCAAAUUGUCUCCAAAUACAUGAGCUUUUACAAAUUUUGGUAAAAAAUGAAAAACAGGACAAUGUUUUUCAUUCUUAGCAUGAUUCUUACUUUUGAAGAAUUUAUUUUAUUUUUUAACUUGUGUUUUUACUGUGCAAUAUUUGAUAAAUGAUUUGUUUUUAAGGAAAAAAUAAAGGUGAAAAUUUUAGCAACAUUUUUUGUUU